AUGGCUUCUGCUGUCUUCAUUGCCAUCCUGUGCUUGGGAGGGGCCUCUGCUGCUCCAUCACAUGAUUACACUUUAGAUGCUGAGUGGGAGCAGUGGAAGAGGAGCUAUGAGAAAAUCUAUAGCCCAGAGGAAGAAAAACAGAGGAGAGCAGUAUGGGAAGAAAAUGUGAAAAUGGUCAAACUGCACAGUGGGGUGAACGGUCUGUGGAUGAACAACGUCACUGUAGAGAUGAAUGGAUUUGGGGACAGGACUGGUGAAGAAAUGAGGACAAUGAUGAAUAACAGUUCAGUUCUGACUCUAAGAAAUGGGAAACACAUCCAGAAAUGUGGGGAUGUUACAAUCCCCAAAAUGUUGGAUUGGAGAAAGGAAAGCUAUGUGAUGCCUGCGAGAAGUCAGGGAGCAUGUUGUGCAUGUUGGGCUUUUGUUGUGGCUGGUUCUUUAGAAGGACAGCUGUUCAGGAAAACAGGCAAACUGAUUCCACUGAGUGUACAGAACCUACUGGACUGCUCUCAAUCUUUUGGCAGUAAGGGUUAUAAAGACAACAACAUUUCUGGUGCCUUCCGAUAUGUAAAGAACAACAGAGAUCUGGAAGUGGAGGCCACUUAUCCAUAUGAAGCCAAGGAAGGAGCCUGCAGAUACCAUCCUGAAUGUUUUGGGUGUCCCAAGGAAUGA